GCACAAAUGCUCGAUCAAGAUCUUGCAAGUGCAAGGAGUGGCAAGGGAGGGUGGUGCACUAGCAUGGUGAAUUCCUUGUGUCCAUAAGGGCCAAAGAGAAGAGCAGCUUUACCGGCUCGUGUAGGAUCUUACAGGCUCUGGUGCCAGCUGUUUGGGUUAGGAAGCGCACGCUAUAUUGUCAAAAUGCAAGCACAGCAGCUGUUGCUAUGAAGUAGCUGGCGGUCACUCGGCCUUAACAGUGUAGGGUUACAUAGAGCAUUUGGUGGGCGAGGUUGAUGAGCCAGAUUAUUGAUAGGUGGUACUUUGAGGUGCCACCACACCUUGAAAGAGUGCAUUUGGCUUGUUCAAGUUGUUGAUCGUGCAGCUUUUGAACGUGGAUAGGGGCUGUCGGAUCAAGAAGAAAGCAGUGCGGCGAUCAGUUUUGAACAGCCUUGUCAGGGACGCUCUGAAAGGUUGAUGUGUUCUGAUAGCCGCAAGCAAGAUGCCGCUGUACAAGGAUAAAUUGUACACAGUUAGUCCUGCAACGCAGAAUGCAAAGCCUGUGGAAGGUUCUUAUGUUAUACCAUUCACGGGCGAGACUUUCACUUCAUACACCGAGUACAUUCAGAGAAUCACUCUGUAUAGGCAGCGAGUGUGGACGUGCAAAUCCAGCGGCAAAACAGGGCUGACGUUUGAAGAGGCACUUGCCAGCGAGGCCAGGAGUGGGAGCAGGAAGCAAACAGUGCCGGAAAUCUUCAAGGGGCCCAUCCUACGCCUGACUCAGCACAACACGCUGAGGAUUGACGACCUCGUCACUCACAUCAUUGAAUCCAUUGACAAGACGUUUGUGGUCGGCGAGGAGGUCACCAGUAUCAACGAGCGUGGGGAAGUCGUCCAAUGCAAGGUCAUCAGAAAGAUUGAAGCCUCUGAAGACGGGUCUGCUUCCACAGCUGAACCACAGUAUGAGGUGGAGUGGAUCGAUCUGUACAGUCCAAGCAGCGCACGUUCCAUUGUUCCUCAAAAAGCAGUGCGGAGAAAACGGAACCCCCUUUCCCGACAGGUCCUGCGAAGUUGGAUCAUGGAAGUCGCAUGCCAAGGUCACUCAAAGGGCUCCCCCUGGUUGGUGAAUGAGGAAGACACCGCUCGGUACGACCUCCCGAGGGACCUGCCUCAGGGGGUUUUGAAAGGGAUUGAGGUGGCCAAGGCCGAGGCUCGCGCGCGUGCUGAGCAGGCCAGGGCGCGGGCCAAAGAAAAGGCGCUUGCGAAAGAGGUGGAAGCGAUUGCCCUGGCAAAGAACAAGGGAGCGCAGCUGCCGGCGGUGUUUCUCGAUCAUCAGGAGAUGGUCAUAAAGGGCAAGAGUUCUGGGACAGCCAACGGAAAGUCGGAAGCAGCGCUGCCAGCUCCAGUCUCCGAAGCGCCAGUCAUUUCGACACCGCCGGAAGAAGCAACCCCCAUUCCAGCUGACGGCCAGGAAGGCUCUGCCGCGGAAAUGCAGGCGCUCCCAGGUUCAGGGGAUGCUUCAACUGCUCAGGAAGCUGCUCCACCAAUGGUUGCUAAGGAAGAGAGACGUGACCCUGUGGAUGAGGACGCUGGGCCGACAAAACGGACGCGCCUGUCUGGAGCUGAGGUCGGCCCGCUUGUCGAUGGUGGCGCGGAAGACAAUGCCGAACCUUCCGAAGGGGGUACUGGGCGGGGCCGUUUUGGGGUGAUGGAUCCCCCUCCGGUUGGAAAGGAGGGAUACGGGCUGAAGGGUGGCGCAGGGAGUUACGACCCGGCGAAACCAAAUGGCAGCCUCGGGGAAGCUGGUGACAACACGGUGGCGAAACAGGAGAAAAGAGGGGUCUUCGAACUGCCGAGGGGAGACGACGGAAAGCGCGUGGCGCCCGGUGCUGGCGAAGCGUUUCUCUUUGCAGACAUGCCGCAGAAACGGCAAGAGGUGCCAGUGCAGAAUGGCCCUCUCCCGGGUUCGCUUCAAGCGCAGCCGGGGGGGACGGCAGCCGGGUUUGGGCUGCCAAUCGACAAGGCCCUUCCGUACGGGUCGCUCAAAGUGUCAGUCGGGCCUUCCGGUGAACAAACCACAGAUGGCCCAGUUCUAUCGCCCAUUCCGACUUCACAACCUGUCCCCGCUUUCAAGGAUGCGGCAGUCAGUCGGACGAUCCCGGUCCUCCCAGUAGCAGUGCGCCAGGUGGCCGUCUCUGGGAGCCUUCUUGGUUCUCAGGAGGCGGCGGUUGGGGGGUCAGGAUUUGAGGCUUUGGAUGCACGCGCUCCUGAGCUAGGGUGUAACGAGACGGUCCCUGCGGAAGAGUCAGACCCCCACGCUUCGAUCGAAAACCUGCUGGAGAGCCUCAUGUCGCAGGACGGGGGCCAUAGCUAUGCGGGCAACCACAUAAGCGAUGGCGAGGUCCAGCCUCUGCAACCCCCUGCGACGGUGCCUGCUCCGCAACCAAAGCCGGCAGCCGCCCCUCAAGGACAGCAAUGGGCCGAGAUGCUGGAGGCAGGGCGGGUGGCACAUGCGCAAGUCCCAGUUCCACCCCCCACGGCGCCUGUCGCUCAGAGGAGCUCUCCUUUCGGCGGGGUGGGCUUCGGUGGGGCACAGUUGCCCCAGGGUUAUACUUUGUUCCCAACGCCUCAGGGACUGUCGCCCCCCCAGCUUGCGGGUGGCAGCAGAGGCCCCCAACCUUGGCUAAGCAGCGUCCCCCUUGGCACGAAACCGUACACGUUUGUGCAGACGGGGGUUCGGGAUGGUUUGUAUGAACCCCAAGCAGGGCGGGGGGGGCUUUCUCCCCAGGGAGGUGGGAACAGCGCUUUUGCUCCGGUCAGGCAGUUGGAGGGUAAAGGAAGCGGGCGUGUGGAAGGGGUCCCUGGACCGUUGAAAGUUGGUCCUGGAGUGCCUGUUGCAAAGAAGAAGACUGAGGUCAAUAGCAGCGACGAAGAGGUGCCCAUUGGGCAGAUGGGGGAGAAGAAGAAGAAGAAGAAGGAGAAGAAGAAGCCGGUAGAAGGGGCGCCGGUUCUGAAGCCGGCCGGGGACGGGGAAAAGCCGAAGAAGAAGCGGGUCCGAAAGCCGAAGCCGCCGAACGGGGAGGCUGCGACGGAGGGCGCAAACGGGGCGCUGGCCGGGGUGAAGCAAGGCGACCUCCCGAAGAAGAAGAGGAAGCCCGUCGUAAAGAAACCGGUCGAGCCUGAGGGUGCGCAGAAUGUGGGUUCUUUGGACGAUGCCAACGAGGGGGAGGAGGCGGGUGCGGCAGGGGGGGGGUCAGGCGCGAGCACACCGGACGGGAAGCGCGUGAUCAAAAAGACGCAGAAGUUGCUCGAGGGGGAGGAGUCGAACCUGUUCCGGCUGCCGUCGAUCCAGGGGGGUCAAAGCAGCAAUGCCGCGCCCAAGAAGGAAGCCCCCCCGGGGCAGAAGAAGGAACGGAAGAAGGCCCCGAAAGCAGCGGAGGGGGGUCUUGUUAAGAAACCCAAGGUAAAAAAGCCCGUUCCUGUUGCAGAGGAGGGGGACGCUACGCCUACGGACCACGAGGAAAGGAACCCCCUGGAAGAGAAGAGCGUCCCCGAGGCUGCCGAACUAGGGCCGGAUCCAGAGGCGUCUCUUGGUCCGUUUGAGAUCGCAGCGUUCCGGCGGAAGCGGUCGGACGUCACGCCCAAGAAGCGAUUCGACGGCUCGAACGUGGAUGUUGCUCUUUCAGUCCCCAUCCGGAAGAAGCGGAGCCAGAACGAAGUUGGGGGGCAGAGCCAGGCCCGGAAGAAGAGGAAGACGCUCCCCCUGGCGGUGCAGGAGGCGCUAGCAGAGAGCGAGCAGGAGGCGUCGCCGGAACCGGAACUGUUAGAGAUGGGGCCGGAAGCGGAGCAAGAACCGGAGGCGUUCAACAAGGACCGCUGCUCGGUGUGCCGGCGCAUCCAGGGGUUGGAUGGUUCCGAGCUGGUUAUGUGCGACACGUGUCCCCGCUCCUACCAUCUUUCCUGCUUGACACCCCCUUUGACCGCUGAGGACCUUCCAGAGGGCGACUGGAGCUGUCCCAAGUGCGUGGAAAAGCAGGAGCGAGAGAGGAAGAGGCUAGAGGAGAUGACAGAACGGCAGCGCAACAAGGAGGAGCGCGACCGGGCGCGUGCUCGCGAGCGUGAGGAGCGCGAGGCACAGCGCGAGGAGGAGCGCCGCGAACGCGAGUCCGCGCGCCUCGAGGAGAAGCGGCAGCGCGACCUCCGGCGCGCAGCGGAACGCGAAGCACGCGAAGCCGAACGGGAGGCCGAGCGCGAGCACAAACGGUUCCUCGAACGCUUGGACAAGCUAGAGGAGAUGCGGCGGAGAAAGUACCCCGUCGAAGAUCUGCACGUCGAGCGCGUCGAAGUGGAGGAGAAGCUGUUGGUGCAGAAGGCGGGGCUCGACGUUGCAAACGAAGUCCCGGUGCGGCCGCCCCGGCCGGAACCGCAGCCGGCGGAGCGGCUGCUGACAGCUGGCGGACCCGCGGCGACGAAGAUCGACCCAGACCUGUUUGGCGAAAUCCUCGUCGUGUGGGACUUUUUACACUCCUUUGGGCGGCGGUUCCGGUGCCCCGUCACUAGCAUGCACGCGCUCCUCCAAGCAGUCGCAAACCCGGCGGGCUCUGAAUUGCUGGUCAACCUGUACGUGACCCUGUUCAAGGCGUUGGUGGACGUCGGCGCGGGGACCACCCCGGGCGGAACUCCCGGAGUGAUAGGGUACGAGACGCUCUCCCGGUGGCAGCGGUUCGUCGACCGGGCGUCGUGGCAGGAAGUGCUGCGGCGGUACCUUUCUCGGGGAACGCACCACCUAGACUACCAGCUGCAAGAGAUUGCAGAUGAUCUGGGGGGCAAGUUGUACGCCGAUCUGACCCCCGAGCAGCACGUGGCGCUCCUGCGGUGCCUAUGUGAUGACGUGUUGGACGGGCCAACCACGCGGGACUGGCUGGAGAGCAACGCGGAGGCGGUGGGCGAACUGCAGAAGCAGCGGAUGCUGCAGGAACAAGACGAGAAGCGCCAGAUGGCCGAGCGGCUCAAGAGCGAGAAGGAGGAGCGCAAAGCGGCCCGUGCGGCGCGGGCUGCCAAGAAGCGCGCGGCCAAGAAGGCGCGCAAGGAGAAGGGCCUCAGCGAUACGGACUUCAACGACCUGUCCGACUUCUCGGGGGACAGCUCCGACCUGAACGACGAAGACGAUGCUGAGCCGGACUUUGAGUUCCCAGAGGAGGAGCGGGAGUAUCAGGGCGACCCUGAGGACCGCAAGGCGGUGCUGUCGCACAAGCAGUGGGUGCAGGAGGAGGAGGAGCGGCUGCUGAAGCUGCGCCAGGACUGGGUGCGCCGGCGCGACCAGAAGCGCAAGGCGGCCGACCGGAAGCGCCACAUCAAGAAGCAGAAGGCGGCGAGCCAGAAGAAGGCGGAGGAGGACGCCCGACGGCGGCGCGAGGACGCGUACGAGAAGGAGCUGGGGAAGCUGGUGCUGCGCUCGGUGCCGCUCGGGGAGGACCGGUACCACCACAAGUACUGGUGGUUCUCGGGGGACCGCAGCUUGCUGUACGUGGAGGAAGGGGGGCGCUUCGGGGACCAGGAGAGCAGCCGCUGGAAGGUCUACUCAAGCAAGGACGAGCUGGAUGCGCUGCUCGAGUACCUCACUGAGAAGGGCAUCCGGGAGAACGAGCUCAAGAACGCGCUGCUUGGGCUGUACCCGCGCAUGAGCCAGUACCUGCGCAAGAAGCGUUUGCAGCUGGGGGACACCGACGUCAAGGAAACGGUGGACGCGGAGGUGGAGCAGGCUCAGGAGGCUCAAGCGCCGCCCCCGCCUGAGGAGCCCGACAGGGUCGCUGUCGAGUGCAACCUGGUCCCCGGCGAGCUGCUUCUGGAAGCUGCCGCCGUCGACUGCGGCUGCGAGGACUGCAAAAAGCAGUCGUCGCGCGACCUCUUCACGCCCAACGAGUGGGAGCUCCACUGCGGCAGCCGCAGCAAGAAGUGGCGCUCUAGCAUCCGCGUCGAAGUUUCCGGCAGCCGCCCGACGCCCGUCGGGCGCUGGCUCGAGGAGAAGGGCAUCCAGCUCGGGCCGCAACAGGAGCGGGAAAAGUCGCCGGAAGUCAGCCCGAAGUCGGCGCAACCCGACGGGGUCGAGUUGGAAGCGCUGGAGAGUACGCUGAUGGAGAUGCAGGAGAUGUUGGAGAGCCGGGGGGGGCGCCCGGCCGACGGCUGGAACGCGUGGCGGAAACGGGUGCGGCAGGCGCUGACGCCGGACCAGAUGCGGCCGCUUUUGUUGGAGUUAGAAGACGUGGCGCUGUCAAUGUCGAUGUCGAUCGAGCCGAAGGUCCGGAGGGGGGGCACCGCGGCGUCGCCUGCGCCCCCAGCUGUGCCAGCUGUCGCCACCCCCCCGCCAGCUGUCGACUCGGACGCGCCCCAAGAAGGGGCGGCUGAGGAGGUGAAGCCAGAGGAGAAGGCGGAGGCGGGGCCGAGCGAUCCCGUGAAAGUAGAGGGAGAAGAAGUCGGCGUAGAAGGGGAGAGAGCGCCAGAGGAAGGGGCUCCGCCAGCUGAGGAAGAAAUCGACUGGCCGUCCGUAAGUGACAUCGAGGACGAAGCGAUUGCUGAGGACGGAGGCCGGCCGAACCGGUCGGACGACGGGACGCUGUGGAAGGGCGAGCGGCUACGCAAGGCAUGGCGGGCCGAGGUGGCGAAAGCGCAGACCAGUGCACGGUUGGUGUACCUGGCCUACUCGGUGAACGAGCGUGUCGAGCCGUUCUUGGAAGCGGUCGCCGGGCGGAAGAAGGCGCGGCGCGAGCAGGCCGAAGCGGAUGCAAAGAGGCAGCGCUCGCUCCGGGAGAAGACGGUUGUCGAGGGGGGGGGCGGUAACGGGGCAGUAACGGUGAAGAAGGGCAACGAGGACGUGGGCCAGUGCUACGUGUGCGGCCUGGUCGGGGAGCUGCUGAUGUGCGAUGGGGAGAGCUGCGCGCGGCUAGCGCACCUGGAGUGCGCGGGGCUCAGUCGAGUUCCCCGAGGAAAGUGGCACUGCGCGCACUGUGCUGCCCGGAUGGCCGGGAGACGACCCCCGAAGGACGAGUUCUUGUCGCCGCCGAGAGUGUCCAAGCCCCGCACCACACGGGAAGAGUCCCCGUUUCCGACCGUCGGGAAGGCGGGCCGGCCGCGGACGCAAAGGGAGGACUCGCCGGGGGGCGGUAGAAUGUCCCGGUUCAAGAAGGAGACGCUUUUGGCGAAUGAACCCGCGCCGCCGAACAGCGCGCCUGGCCGGUUGGGUCGGCCAAGAGUAAAAGAGGAAGGGGGGGUGAGAGAAGGGCGCGCCACUCGGGGGGCGAAGAAAGAAGUGGAAGCAGAGGAGGACGAAGACGUGGUGUUUGUGUCUCCGUCCCCCCCGAAACGGUCCCGGUCGGGGCGGGACACGAGGGGGGGUGCAAACGGGGCGCUUACGGGGCUGUCGCUUCUCGCGGAAAUAGGGGCUAAGAAGGAAGAGGAAGGUGCUGGAGAAGACAACGGUGAGCAGCCGAAGGAAGGCCCCAGCAGCCAUUCCAAAAAGAAGCGGACGCGAAUGGUGGAGGAAGCUCCGGAGAGGAAGCCGGGCAAGAAAGAAGCAGCUACGCCUAAGGCGGAACCGGAACAGCCGCCCAAGAAGAAGGCUCAGACAGACAGCCCCGCCGGCACUACCCCUCGAAGUGCUGGAGCAGUAACUUCCAAGGGUGUCGAGUAUUGCACGGUCUGCAAUAAGGUAGGAGAGCUUGUGCAUUGUGCCGGGGACCAAUGCGCGACGCAGGUACACCCGGAGUGUGUUAGGUUGAGAGGGAUCCCCAAGGUUGCGUGGUUCUGUCAGAAAUGUCGAGUAAAGGGUAAAGGCAAAUAG